AUGGCAAAAACCAACAAGUUCACGUCCAUAAACUUCAACCACAUCUACGAGAAAAACCUCUCCACCAAUUCCAAACCCAACGCCAAUAGCAAAGGCCCUUCUCCUUCUUCUUCUUCUUCCUCCUACUCUGCCAUUUCUUCACCCCACAACAAGACCCAUGGCCGCAUGCUAGUCCUGACCCGACCCACCCCCAAACCCAUCUCCAACCCACCGCCCCUUUCGCCUCAACCUCAACCGCAACAGCAACCGCAGCAACCCCAUCUCCAAUCUCCAUCUCAACAAACCCGGCAGCCACCCGAUCAGAUCCGGGCUGAUCCGCGUUCCGAUGCAAUCUCGCUUCGUCCUUUAGGCCGAACCGGUUCGAGCCCGCCCAUAUUGUCUCCGGUUCCGAGGCACAAGGAAGCUCCGGGCUUGAUAUUGUCGCCGAAACCGGACAAGUUCGUGCCGCCUCAUCUACGGCCGGGUUUUGCAGCGAACGAAGAGCGCCCCAGACCGGUUCAGAAGCAUUUUGGAGCUCCGGUUCAGUAUGGGGAAGAUGGCCGGCCCAAGUCGGGUGGUGGGAAUGAUAGGAUGACUCGGCCGAGAUCGAGCGGGAACCGACCGACUUCCAUUGGAUGUUUGCGGAGGAGGAUUUGUGCUAUUUUCUGUUAA